AUAGAAUGGUCGGGUACGGACGGGCGCGGUUAAGCGUAGAUUGACUUGACUUGACUUGACUUGACUGACUGUUUGGCUGUUGUUAUUUGUUGUUGGUUGUUGACCGGUAAACAGUGUUCAAUUAAAUCAGUGUUGUACCGCUGUUACAUCUUUACUCUGAAAUGAGGCUCUACAUUAUUUCGGUUGUGAUUUUAUCGACUCUCGGUGAAAGUUUUGCUUUAUGGUGCUACCAGUGUACAGCAGCUACUCCUGGCUGCACAGAGUUUAACUGGCGAGGCAUGGGGUACUUAGGCAAUCCCUGCCCCGAGAAUGAGGACAUCUGUGUAAAACUAAUUGAAAGAAAAGGAGCUCAAGAAGUAGUGAUACGUGAUUGUUUGAGCAACUUUCGAGCAUUCCGUACAGACAUACCAGCAGAUACUUACGAAGGCUGUCGACCAGCUGCUAGAGAUGUUAACCUCGCUAACUAUGUUAAUAACUCUAUAAAGGAAUUGGAUAUUAAGAGGGACUGGUAUGAUGAGACAAUAUGGUGUUUCUGUUUCCUGGAUCACAGAUGUAAUGGUUCAUCCGCGGUGUCAGCGUCAAUGGCGUUGCUAAUAUCUGGAACGGUCCUAUACAAAUUUCUAUUGUUCUGAUGAUCAUCUGUCGCGACUUAAAACCGUCCUUGAUAUGUUAUAGUCCAUUACAAUAGUAUAGUGACAUGGAUGAUUUUAGUAGGGCCAUUUAAACAAGAGUGGCUUGCAAACUCAAUGAUGGCUGCGAUUUUAGUUAAAUUAAGUAAACGAAAAUAUAAAACACAGUCCUCGUUCACUUUCGGACAAAUUGUUGUUGGUUUCAUAACAUUAUACUCAUAGAUACAACAACACAAUAAAUGACGCCACUACAAUAUCAUCCUUAAGCAGCUCCUUAAGUUUGGACUCUUGCUUGCUUGGAUUGUUGUUAACAAUCAUAUAUUUACAUAAUGAUGAGUCCAAACGUUGUCCUUAGACAUGCGUGAGAAAUUUUGUAUUUAAUCAUCGGAAAAACGUGUUCCACAUAUAUAUAGAUACAUGUAUAGAAACAACUACAAGGAGCGACAUAGAGUUGUUGAAACCACCAAAUAUUAAUAAAUUA